UCCAUAUAGUUUGCUGACGAAAGCAGAGCAAUAGCACGCUUGUUCGAAGGGAGACACAACAGUUUCGCAGUCGUCGUCGUCGUCGUCGUCGUCGUUGGUGUUAUCUUGAGUGACGACUAGGUAUGACAGCGGCCCUACACGAUAACGUCCACCGUAUUCGACAGCCUGUCCAAUUGAACUGUCGACGAGCUUGUUUAGCAUUUCAGUUUCUCGCGGGCGGCACGACAGUGAAGAGUGUGUGAAUCAUGAUUAUACGGGCGUACAGCAAGAAAUGGCUGCUUGGCGCACUUUUCUCGGUCGUGGGUGUGCUUGGUCUGUUCACGCUGUUCGGAUCUAGUUGGGAGAUAUCUUCGUUUCAGAACUCGGUUCGGCAACGGUUCAUCGCUCCGAAUGUCGUGUACAUUACAGAGCCAUCACCAGUGGGGGAUAGUGAAGUCAUCACAAAGCCGUCGACAAAGUUCGAGUAUGUGUCGCAGACGUUGGACCCGAGAUUUCCGACGCCUCCGGGAGAUAUGGGAGCCGCCGUUUCGCUCGGAGUUACAGACGCUGCAGUGGCAGAUCUGGUGAAGCAAGGCUACAAUAUGCAAGGGCUGAAUCAGUACUUCUCGGAUCUGAUGUCUGUUCAGCGACGGCUCCCAGAUGUUCGGGACGAUUGGUGCAAGAAGCCGGGUCGAUUCCUGGAUAAUCUGCCCGAAACUUCGAUAGUGAUAGUGUUCUACAAUGAAGCCUGGUCGGUGCUAGUGCGAACCGUUCAUUCCAUCCUGAACCGAUCACCCCCAAAUCUAGUCAAGGAAAUUGUGCUCGUCGACGACUGCUCUUAUCUGCCACACACAAAAACCCAGCUAGAUGAGUACUUCCGAACGAUUUCGAAGGUGCGGGUCCUGCGAGCUCCCGAGCGGCAAGGGCUGAUUCGGGCUCGUUUGCUCGGGGCCAAGAACACCACGGCGCAGAUCAUCACGUUCCUGGAUGCCCACGUUGAGUGCACAGUUGGAUGGCUCGAGGCGCUCCUAGACCCGGUGGCACGGAAUUCCACAACCAUUGCCAUCCCUACGAUCGACUGGAUCGACGAACACGAUAUGCACUUACGAACGGAAAACGCUCCGACCUACUACGGCGCGUACGAUUGGGACCUCAACUUCGGCUGGUGGGGACGAUGGAGUCGAAUCUACCAACCGACCAACAAGAUGGAACCAUUCGAAACCCCGGCGAUGGCCGGUGGCCUGUUCUCCAUCAGUCGAUCGUUUUUCGAACGGUUGGGGUGGUACGACGAGGGUUUCGACAUCUACGGGAUCGAGAACAUCGAACUGUCGAUGAAGAGUUGGAUCUGCGGGGGUAAAAUGGUAACGGUUCCAUGCUCGCGGGUGGCACACAUCCAGAAAACCGGACAUCCCUAUCUGAUCCAAACGAAGAAGGACGUGGUACGGGCGAAUUCGCUACGUCUGGCGGAAGUAUGGAUGGACGAGUACAAGCAGAUCAUUUUCGACAUCUACGGACUUCCGAAGUAUCCGAUCGAGGAGGUCGGAGAUGUGUCGCACAGGAAGGAGGUCAGAGAAAGGGCCAAGUGCAAGAGCUUCAAGUACUACGUGCAGACGGCUUUCCCUGAGAUGAACAACCCUAUGGUGGAAGGUGCAUUCCACGGUGAGGUGAAAAACAAGGCGUUAGGAAAUGACACCUGUUUGGAGUAUCGACCGGAAACCAACACGAUCGGAAUGGCAACGUGCGAUCAUCAACAAACGGGUCAGUUCUGGGCGCAUAACUACUACCAGGAGCUGAACAGCUACAAACACUGCCUGGACUACACGGGCGAUUCACUCGGAGUCUACGGCUGUCACAGAUCCAGAGGGAAUCAAGCGUGGCAUUACGCCACGAAGACAAGCCAGAUCAAAAGUGUCAAGCACGGGAAGUGUCUGGGGUUGGAUCUGAAAACCAUGAAGACGCUGCUGGUGGAAGAGUGCGACGAGAAGAAAGAGUCUCAAAAGUGGCUGGUGUCGUUCGUGGAUAUAGAUGCGUCCAUCUUCAAGAAGUCAGCUUUCUAGAUUUACAUUGAAAGGUCAUUUUCAAGUCAAGUUAGGUUAAGUAGGAUUGUUUUACUUGAGGAACAACAUAUUGUUAUUGAUUUACGAAAGUUAGAGAAAGCCAAAAAACGCAUAAACGACCUUGAUUGUUAUGAUCUCUAUUUAUUUGAAAUAUCAAGCAAAGGAUUUACUACGUAAAAUAAAUCUUUUCUCUUAAAACUGUAGUCAUUUUGGAAUUCGUGGUCAAGAUCAACAUGGAAUGCGAAUUCCAUUAACUGCAGACACUUCGUACUUCCUUCCAAUUGCUUAUCAAUGCAGAAUUGCACAUGUGUAUCACUAAUUGACAAACGCCUCAACUUGUAGCACGCAUCCGGUCCGAUGUCAAACCGUCGAUACCGAUGUCGAUCUCUAUCAUAUCGUCUGAAUGGGGGAAAUUAAAUCAACAUGAAGAUACAA